GGGUUCUUUUCAAACUAAAUGCGCUCCCAGAGUCACACCUGCAUAUCCCUGCCACGUCGGGCAGGACCACUGGACCAGUAUAAAAUGGACCGGCAUAAAAUGCGCUUCCCCUUGAAGCUGAAGCUGGUUUCGGGCCUUGUGAUCGUAUUCUCUCUCCCAGCCAAUCGCCGACUCAGACUAAUCAAUGAGAAAUAUCCUGGCAGGCUUGGUGCUCUCGAGCACGCUUGUCGCCCGUGCGUGGGCGGGGCAACCAGCUCAUAUUUAUGGUGUUAAUUUGGGUUCAUGGUUAGUCCUAGAGCCAUGGAUGCUUCCUCAAGAGUGGUUGGAUAUGGGCGGACAGUCAUGUGCAGAUUGUUCGACAUGCAUUGCAAGCGAGUCGGCAUUUGCAAAGGCCUAUCCCGACACAGUCGAUACUACAUUCGCUCAACACUGGGACACAUGGUUUACAGAGAGCAAUGUCGACACACUGAAGGCGGCUGGUAUUAACACGGUCCGGGUUCCUCUGGGAUAUUGGAUUGUGGAGGCUUUAGUCGAUCGGUCACACGAAUCAUACCCUCGGGGCGGUCUUAAAUAUUUGCGCCGGGGCUUGAGCUGGUUGAAAGAUGCUGGGAUCCAUGCGAUUCUGGAUCAUCACGCAUUACCCGGUGUUCAAGUGCCUGGGCAAAUGUUCACUGGAAAUUGCACUACUGAUGUUCAAUUCUACACUUCAUACAACUACCACCGUGCACUGGUGUGGACAGCGGUCAUGACUACGCUUUCUCACCUAGACCCUAAUUUUGGAAGUGUCUUUGCGAUCGAGGCAAUCAAUGAACCCAUCAUGAACGCGGCUCUAACACCCAACUAUGGCACCUUCCAAAAGAACUUCGUCCAGACAAUGCGUGCCGUCGAGCUCACACUCGGAAUCCCUGUGCCGUCAUCCAGUUUAUCGGUAUCGAUAUCGGCGUCCCUCUCAAACAACUUCACCGCUGCAUUGAGCGCAACAUCCUCGGCAACUGCCUUCACGGCGGAAGUUCAAGCGGCACUUGCAGAUGCCAUUCCGAUUCUACAGGAGAUUGGAGCAGAAUACGAUAUGCAGACCAUAUUCGAAGCAUCGUCCUUCAAGAAGUCCCGUAGUUCAUUGGUGGCGAACUUCAUGGAUGUGAACUGGCAGUACAACAACCCCUCUAACCCAGCUGACGUCGCGAUUGGCCCCCAAGCAUAUGACAACCAUUUGUAUUACUCGUUUGGUGGAGUCGCGGAUGCCAAUCCGACGGCCUACAUGAUCAGUAUCUGCAAUCUUACACGCAUCCAGAGCGAUGCAGCAGUUGGUAACUCCCCGCUCUGGUUCGGAGAGUGGGGUCUUCCGACGCAGUUCAAUGCCACGGACGCGUUCCUUUACCAGUGGGCUGACGCACAAAAGUUGGCCUAUAGUAAGGGUGCUGGAUGGAUUUUCUGGAACUUCAAAACCGAGAUAUCGACCCUCACCAACGGGAAUGCUCUUGCAAGGCAAUGGUCAUACCUUGAGGGGUUGGAACUCGGAUUCUUGACCCAGGACCCCGCGGCGCUCCAUGAUCCGAACGUGUGCGUUCCAUACUUGAACGGCACCUCGAACAGCACCAGUUCAUGAUGUGCGUCUUCCGGUAACUUAUCUACUAAGUAAGCGAUGGCGCAGAGCGUACCCUAUAUCGAUUCCUGCUACAUUUUAUAUACCACUCCUUUAUUCCACGUUCAUUUUUCAUUCCUUUUCUCAUUAAUAUUCUAUUAAGCAUGACGGUGAUAUGAGGUUCAUUCCAUAGAAUGAUACAUACCCGUUCAUCACGCGCUCUUUUUAUCACACAUUCUUUUUAGACACGACGGUAAUCUCAGAGAAGUUGUUCAUAGUAUACUUGAUAUACAGCCGAUUUCGUUUUCAAAACGAAGGGAGCACCUAGCCACCAUAUGGUCUUAUGGGAAGGAAGAGCAAAGGAAGAGUGUCGUUAACUUCGGGUUUACCGUUUGGAAGCGAUACAUGUCUAAAACAGGAGAUGCAGGGGUACCGGUACCCGGUUUAUCAUAAGCUCUUUCCUUGACUC